AUGUUAGUGAAAGCACUUGUUCUUGGGUUUUUGGCUGGCUCCGGCGUGCUAGCUCAGCAAUACGUAGGAUUGGAGCUCAAUAUGCUCGACGAUCCAGCGGUUGUCAGCUCUGAAUUGGAUUUUGUAAAUUAUAGAGUUAUAACCCACGACGUAAACCCAGGGUUUUACGUCGAAAGGGUUACUCAGAGUGGACUCCAGGUAUGGAAGUCCACGAAGGCAGGCCACAGGGUCACGAACGCACUCAUGUUCGUUAAUGACCUCGGACCUAGGCUCAUAAACCUUACAUUGAGCGUGGGCGAGGGUCAAUCGCAACUUUUGAUGUUCCUAUAUACACUUCAGGGAUGGGUUAACUUCAAUGAGGUUAAUCCGUUUAACAUAAGGGUUGAAGAGCAUGAAGCAGAAGGAACGAGCGUAUCGCCAGUGAAUCUCGCAAACGGAGAGCAGUACUUUAGCAAGGACCCGCGCGAGAAGGAGGAAAAGUACGCAGACGAACCCGUGGUCCUGGAUUUAAGUGAAACAGUCAGUGACAAGUUCAACUACACGUUUAAGUACUCAGUAUCAAAAUAUACUUACGAUUAUAAGCCGAAAAAAGGCUUUUACGUAAUGGAAAUAAAGGAAGGAAACAAGAAGGUGUGGUCUAAAGAAAAGGACCAGCUAGCAACUGAAAUAGUUGCUGACAAGCAAUCGGAUGUAUAUGUAUCAGUGCGUGUAUAUUACUUGACCUCAGAGAAGCCAAAAUCGCUUCUAUAUGUAAACGAAAACGGAGAAUGGAAAUUGGCCGAAAAUUGCGCCGAGAACUCUGAAGAAAAAGUAGGAGAAAAGGGAGUUAAAAAGGAAGCUGUCGCACUUGGAGAGUACAUUAAGCCGAUUGCAAGGAGCACACAGUUAGAUUACGCGGAAUUACCGCAGCCACCGCUCUGCAGAGGUUGCACGUACGAAAUAGACGGCAUAACGCACAAUGUGCUCUACUUCAGCAAUGACUCGAAGUUCCACAAGUUCGUUGACGGAGGCAUUGCAGUCUUUGAUUUGCCCAACGACUGUGUGGCCACGAGCUCGUGUUUUUACACAAAGAACGACAGGACGCUCUUCGUAGACCUGGUCUUCAAGAAGGGAGAAGAAACAAAGACUAAAAUUUUCGAGAAGCGUGCGCAGAGCUACAGGGAGGUGACGCGGGAAGAGUUUGACGCAAGGCUGCUCAAGUUCAAGGAGACGCCAGUUGUGCUCGAUAUUUCGAAAACGAAGAAAGGGUACACAGUGGAGACGACGCUGAGGAACGAAAUAGAAUACAAGUUCUACGAGCCCUCGGAGGGGUACGUUGUGAGGACUGUAGUUGAUGGAGAAAUUAAGAUAUUAGAAGUGUCGGCUUACGUUUUGGAGGUGUACGUGACGAACCUAGGCGAAGACAAGAGGCUCAUGCUGAUAUUGUACCAGAACGGUUCAUUCUUUAAAUUUGAAUUCUACACUUUCUACCCUGAGCUUGGAAAGUGGACGCGAGUCUCGGAGUACUUUUACUAUAAGUUAAUAGAGGAAUACUCGCAGAAUAUGAAGAGAAGGCACCCUUCACUGGACAUAAGCAGUCUGACGACAGUGCCCAAGUUCAUGUACUUCUCCAAAAAUGAGGCUCUGAGUCACUAUUCAUUCCACCUGAGGUCCGGAGUGGUGCUCAGCUCAGUGCUGGACGCAGGAAGGAUGGUGUGGACGCCGAGGUACCCGAACGAGACCUGCGAGUUCGUAUGCUACAACUACAAGGCGAAGCUGCUGUACAUAGUCAGCAAGGCAGACUCGAAGGUGAGGCAGUACUCGUACGUGAAGACGGGCGACAAAUGGUCUUUCAUUACAGACGAAGAGUUCAAGAAAAGGUUCGCAUUCACGUACGCCACUAACCUGACGGCGGACAUCAGAAACAACUUUUCGACCAAGUUCACAGUGGUGGAGAAUGGAAACACGUUCCACAUCACUCCCAAGAGCGGGUACCUAGUGACGAGGCUGAGGUACAAGGACAGAACGAUAUGGGUGGGCUCAGAUGACCUGAAGUGCACGUCAUUCUUCCUCACGUACGGAAAGUACGAGACGUACCUGUUCCUGGACCUCCUGGACUCGAACAUGAACACGACCACGAAGUACUACAAGACGACGGAAGGAGACCUGCUGAAGUGGAGAGAGUGCGGCAAGUCGGAGUGCAGAGACGACGCGCGCAAGGGGCUCAUGAAACGCUCGCUAAGCUAUAAAUCGCAAUCGGAGACGUUGAAGAGUGAGUCGAAGAGCAAUGAAGAGCCUCCGGUGGUCAAACUGUCGCACCUCGAAAGUAAGUUGGCAAGUGAAGGAGCUAAGGCAUCGGUAAGUUUGGAUAAUGUGUCAGCAAGUCCCCCUAACUUGUCAAAGCUGAACGACAAGGAGGCAAUGGCAUGUGCGAACGAGGUGAAGGUGUCAGUGGCAAGUGCGAAAGAACCGAAGGAGGCAGUAAAAGCAGACUCAGAUUCGCCAAUGACACCAUGUUCGGACGAAGAUUUCUUGGACAUAGAAGUGGAAGAUAGAAAGACUCCAGGAACAUUGAAGAUGAAUGAACAGGUUGUGAAGAAUAAGGUACCAGGAGCAAUAGAAUACCUGACAGGAAAGGAGAUGUCACUACCACCACUGAGAUAUCAAGAAAGAUUGGCUAUAGCGAAUGAGCCUUACAACGACGUUGAUCUUCAAACAUCUGCAUCGAUAACCAUACCACUGAAAAGAUCAAGCACAGAGGCCGAGAGUGACGAAGGAAAGUACAGAAAUAAGAAGGUUAAGUUUGAAAAUGAUUCUGCAAACGUAGAACCAGAUGAUAAGGUAAAGGAAGACUCGGAAUUUGAAGUUCUCGACAGCAAAGGGAACCUGUCUUCAGCAAGCACUUCUAUUGGUAUCAGCCGAAAUCUUAGUGACAUUGACGUCAACAACGCUUACGACUUCGACAACAGCGAAGCUUUCGACUUUAAAAACACUUAUGAACAAUCGGUUUACAAAGAUUACAACUCUGACUACGAUUAUGACUAUGAAGAGGUUAACCCGCCUAAAGCAGAAGGCAAUUACUCAGAUGAGGCAUAUAAGGCAUAUGCAAACGAAGUGGCCAAAGUGUAUGCAGAGGAUGUGGCCAACAGCAACAAAUAUGCAGAUGAGGCCUAUAGAGCAUAUUCUAACCAAGUAGCAGGCAGUUAUGCAGAAGAGGCAUAUAAGGCGUAUGCAAAUGAAUUAGCCAACAACAACAACGCAGACAAUGUCACUACCAGCAAUGGAUAUGCAGAAGAGGCAUAUAACGCGUAUGCUGGCGAAACUGCAAACAAAGUCAACGUGUACGACGUUGACUUUAGCAAAAAAGUGACCGCAAGCGGCCCACGUAAAGUUAACGCUUUCAACGACCUCAACAACCCAGAGCACCUCACGAAGCUGGGUAACUUCAAGAGCGUCGAGGGCGUGGAAGGCAAGAGCUCGUUCAGCAACGGAGUGCUAUUCCUGCAGGACCUGAAGUCAGCCGGAUUCGGAGAGUUCAGGGACGCCAGGGAAUUCGGAUACGAAUACCUGCUCUUCACGCCGUACCCGAAGCACCCGGUGACUGAGCUGCGCGACGCCCACGAGGUGAUUUGGAGGUCGCACAGCGACCAGUGUCUCGCGGUGAGCGUGCACCUGCGCGCAGGCUUCCAGACGAUGGUAGAGCUGUUCAUAAGGACCGGCACCGAGGUGGUCAGGAGGCACUUCGAGUUCUCAGGCUACAGGUGGCUCCCAAUGGAGUCCGAGGCGUACGACCGUGUCUGCCAGCUCGACGCGGCCUCAAAGGUACACUGA